UUAAAAGAGCCAACCAGUUGGAAAGAGUUUGCAUAUGCUACAAUGAAGGAUUGCAAUAUUGAAUUAUCAGUUCGUAUUUUCCGUCAUUUGGGAGACGUCGCCAUGGUUUGGGCUCUAGAAGAGCUUUUAAUUAUUGAAGACCAACAAGUCCUUAGCGGACACAUAGCUUCUUUACUUGGGGAUUUUGAUUUGGCAGAUAAACUUUUUUGUGAUUCGAGUGAGCCCAAACUUGCGUUGGAGGCAUAUUUUAGCUUGAAUAAACUUGAAUAUUUUUUAAUUAGAUGCGCCGUGACAUUCAACAUUGGGAACGUGCUCUAGAAUUGGCUGCACAAAUUGCGCCGGAUGAGUUACCGUAUAUUGCUAAAGAGUAUGCCAUACAACUCGAAUUUAUGGGUCAACAUGAACAAUCUAUCCGUUACUAUGAACAAGCAAUAAUUCCAAUAAAAGAAGAGGAUUAUGAAAUUAAUGAAGAAUUGGAUGAACACAAUUGGGUGUGUAAAUCUGGGCUGGCAAGGAUGGCUUUACACACAGGUGACCUUAAAAGAGGAGUUGAAAUUGCCCUUCAAUUGCCUAGUAGAUUGGCUAAACGAGAUUGUGGGAUAGUUUUAGAGCAGCUUAGGCAAUAUGACGAGGCUGGGGCGGUUUAUGAAGCUGGUCAAUUCUACGAUAGAGCAGCUGCUGCCUAUUUAAAGGGCAGAAAUUUAUUAAAAGUCCACAAAUUAAUGGAACAAGUACGUUCUCCAAAAUUAUUGUGCCAAUAUGGAAAAAUGUUGGAAAAGGAAAAAAAUUUUGAAAGGGCUUAUAAGGCCUAUGAGAGGGCUCAAGAUGCAGAGAAUCAAAUAAGAGUGCUCUUGCGUCAUUUGAAUAAAUCGGAAGACGCCGUUAGACUGGCAAGAGAAAGCAAAAGCAUUGAGGGCUCUAAAUUAGUGGCAAAUUACUUUUCUGAUUUGGGCCAAUUCGACACUGCAAUUCAAUUUUUAGUUAUUUCUCUUUGUUAUCAGGAAGCUUUUGAUUUGGCAAAAAGUUCUGGAAAUAUUCAAAUAUAUUCUGCCGCACUAGAAUCUUCUGUUGACUCUCAAGACCAAAACAAAAUUAAUUUAAAUAAUGACAAUUCCCAGCAGCAAAAGGAGGCAGCUUUUACUCAAUUAGCUGAAUAUUUUAGAAAUGAGGGAAAUGUUUUGGAGGCUGGGAAAUUUUCUGGAUUUUCUAAACAUUAUAGAACGGUAGACUUUAAGUACUUGCAUGAGUAUGUCUCGUUUGGUCACAUAGGCGAAGAAUGGUCAUUUGGUCUUAUUGAUGCACUUUCUCUCCUAACAAGCGAGCUUAUCAGUCCAACUGUAGAAGAAACAGCACUUCAACUAGCUGUAGAAUUUAUAGCAGAAUCAAAAGACAAGGAAUUAAUAAAUGAGCUAAUAUCUUAUUUAAUGGGAGAAAGAGAGGGAGGAGAUGGAAUCCCCAAAGACCCAAAAUAUUUAUUCCAACUAUACGUCAAAUUGUCGAUGCAUGAGGAAGGGGCUAAAACAGCUUUGAUUAUAGCACAAGAACAACAAUUUAAAGGGUUUUAUAAGACUGCACAUGACCUUUUGUUUGAAAUGUACCAAACUCUCAAACGUGAAAAGAUUAAAAUUCCUUCUGAAAUGGAAAAUGCUUUAAUGCUUCUACAUAGCUACAAUAUUGUUAAAAGCCUUCUGAAACGUGGGGAUAAUUAUACUGCGGCUAAAUUGCUAUGCCGAGUUUCUGAAAAUAUUGGACAGUUUCCAGCUCGUAUGUUUAAGUUGAAAGAGAAUAGUUGA